UGACUCUGUGUACUUGUGCGACCGCGCGGCGCGGCACACACUAUAAUUUCCGAGGUUGUCGGGCGCCUCAAGCCUAAGCUCGUUCCCGUGUUCGAAAGAAUGCAACCAAACUGCUCAAUACCACUAUUCAUUCUAGCUGUAUGCGCCUUUUUGACUCCAUACGUUGGGGCCGCUGUGAAUGCGGUCACUCUGCUGACGGGGAAGGUGCUGCCUGGCGACUUCGAGCCCUAUAACGGAACUGUAGAGACCGGCAUCUCCACCCAGUACGCCGCCCCAUACAACAACUUCCAGGGCGUGACCCGCUGGUGGGCGGCACCCAACGGCGACGGCGAGACGGGCGAGCUGCUGCCGCUGCAGGAGGCGCGGGCCGGGCCCGACAGCGGCAGCGACGACAAGUUCCGUCUGCUGCUCAAGUUCCGGGACGUGCACCGCUACGUGCCGGCGGGCGCCUACGUCACCUCAGCCAACCUUACGCUUACGUUUGAGAGCUGGCAGGAUGAGGUGACCGUGCACAUCUGUUUCCUGGGCAAGCGCUGGGACUACGAACUGGGAGGCGCGGAGGAGUACACCUCCACCGGCUGGAUAAACGCCUACUGGGACGGCGCCCGCUCCCUGCCUUGGUCGCAGCCCGGCGCCGCCGCCGACUGCGCCGCCGCCUACUCCGCCUACACGCUGUUCAACGUGACGCCCAACGGCGUGUACGGCACCGUGAGCCGCACCGUGGCGCUGCCGCCGCUGCUGGUGCAGGGCUGGCUAGCCAAUGGCGGCGCCGCCAACUACGGCCUGCUCCUACGGCCCACCACGCCCGGGUACAUCAAGUACUACACAAGUCAGAGCAGCGCCGGCAUGCUGCGUCGCCCCGCGCUGUCGCUGGCCUGGAGCUCCAGCUCGGCCGACGUGCCGCCGCCGGGGCCGCAGCCCUGGCGGCUGGGGCUGGUGCCGCGGGAGUGGUGGGUGGCGCCGGCGCCCGAGGGCAAUGACGACACGGGCACGGGCUUCCCGGACAGCCCCUUCGCCACGCUGUCCAAGGCCAUCUUCGAGGCCUUCCCACUGGACAUCAUCAACCUGAAGUCAGGAGUAUAUGCAGGCGCCGUGCAGCUCACGCGGCCCAACAUCACCCUCCGCUCCGCGCCCGGCGGCCACUGGGCGGUGCUGGCGGCGCCGCGGAACGACCCGGUCAACGCCGGGGUGGUGGUGGACAUCCGGCCCACCGCACACGGCGGCGUGCUGAGGGACCUGGAGAUCACCGGUGGCUUCUACUAUGGCAUCAUGUUCUUCACCAGCUGGGAGAACUACGGCACAAUGGAGGAGCGGGUGGCGCAGGGGGCGGGCGCUCGCGACUGGCUGAUCACCAACGUGCGCAUCCACGACACCGGCAGCAAUGCCGUGAAGCUGGUCAUGAAGGCCGGCAACGUGACCUUCUCGAACUGCGAGAUGUACAACACCGGCGCCCGCCUGCGUACGGCAGGCAACGGCAUUGAUGCAGUGCAGGUGUACGACAUCACCGUACAGGACUGCUACUUCCACGACAUCCCCGGCGCCGCGGUGCACCUGGCGGGCGGCACCACGGGCGCCCGCCUGCUUCGCAACUACGUGGCCCGGACCACCUUCGGUUUCAACCUGGGCUUCGACACCGACCCCGAAUACAUGGACACCAUCAACAACCCGCGACUGUACGAAUGCAUCGACUGUACGGCGGCCAACAACAUCAUCACCGCAGUGCGCAUGGCGGGCGUGAACCUGUGGGCGUGCAAGGGCGGCGUCGUGGCUCACAACACCAUCUGGCAGGCCCAGGAGGAGGCUCAGGCCAGCAUCUUGGUGGCGGCGCUGGUUCGUGCCGACACACCCGACCCAGCCGACCCCUCCGGAGCCACCCCUCUGACCUCCACCUGCGCCAACGCCACGGUGUGGGGCAACGUGCUGGUGCGCAGCCCCUCCGCCCGCCCCGGCCCGCUGUUCCAGAUCCAUACGGCCGGGCUGGAUCCGAGUUCCAAACUCGUGAUGGGCCACAACGUGUACUACGACCAGGCCGCGCUGGGCCCCGCCGACGGCAGCUUCGUGUGGGGCCUGGGGGCCAUGCUGGAGGAUGAACGGCCGCUGGGGCCCUCGGGGGGCGGCUUCAUCGGCACCGCCAGGGGCUGGGCCGACUACUGCGCCGGGCAGCUGGGGCAGGGCUACUGCGACGUCGGCAGUGUCGAGGCGGAUCCGAAGCUGGACUCAUCCUUCAGCCCUCUGGACUGCAGCCGUGUCCGCCGCCGCGCGCCCGCCGCGCCGCCGCCCGCCGCCACUGGGCUGUUCGGAUCCCCAUUCGUAACCGACGACUUCCACGGCCGGCCGCGACCCACAUCCGGAUCCGCCACGCCGUACGACGCCGGCGCCGUUCAGUUCGGCGCGUCUGGUCCGGUUAAAACCCUGUCACCGGCGCCCCUGCCGGCUGGUCUGGUGGGCAAGCCGGCGCCGUACAUGGGCCCAGGGCUGCCGCCAGUGUACGACAGGACGUGGCCUUUCGACUACUGGCGGAACCGCACGUGUACCGACAUCUACGUGGACGCAGCCAGCGGCAGUGACAAGCAGGACCACAGCUACGAGAGCUCCUACAAGAAGCCCUUCAAGACGGUGGCGGCGGCGGUGGCGGCGUCCAACCAGUGCGACCGCAUCCUGCUGCGGGGCGGCCAGGUCCACGCCGGCCCGGUGGGCAUCUUCACGCCCAACCUGACCCUUAUGACCGACCCCCGGGACGCCCCCAAGCGCGCCAUGCUGCUGUGCACGGGCACCGGCACCACCCCCUGCCUGCGCACCGGGGAGGGGCUGUACGGCGGCGCGGCGUCACUCACCUUUUCCAACUUUGACGUAGCCAUGGCCAGCAGGCCCGGCGCCCAGGGUGGCGGCGGCACCUUCGCGGCUUGUGUGUUCCUGAACGAGGGUGCGGGCGGCGGCAGCAGUGCCUACUGGGAUUACUACGUCACGCAGAGCGGCAGGUCGGCGCGGCCCCACACGCUGCUGCAGAAUCUGGGUCUCUUCAACUGCUCCUCCCAUGGCAUCAAGUUUUCCACCUUCAUCCGCGGAGUGGUCAUGGAGGGGUUGUACAUCAACAACACAGGCGGCGCCGGCCUGGAGGUCCGCGGUGGCGGUGAUUUGGUUCUGCGCCGGAGCAUCAUCGCCAACACCGGCGGCCCUGGCGUGCGCCUGGGCGGCGGCGCACGCAAUGUGCUCGUGGAGCGAAACACAAUGUGGUCGGUGGCCGAGCGCUGCAUCCUGUUGGGCAGUGACGUCACGGAGGCGGAGUACAUGGACGUGGACUGGGCGGCGUACGGCGGCAGCAGGGGGGCUGGCGGGGGGCAGCAGCAGCAGCAGCAGGACGACUGGCACGACUGCAUCAACGCCACGGUCCGCAACAAUCUGGUGUUUGACUGCCAAGGCGCGGGAGUGGCCUUCUACAGCGCACGUGACGCCGUCGUGGUGCAGAACACCUUUGUGGGCGUGGCCACGCGCAUGCAGGCGGGCGUGCUGCUGAACGUGUCGCCAAAGGACAUCGGCCCCGGGCUGGAGGUGGGGCCGCCCAACAUCAACAUCACCUUCAAGAACAACAUCGUGUCACUGCGCAUGCCGAUCGCCCCGCGCGAGGACCCGCCGCGCACGCUGCUGGUGGAGGCCCGCGUGCUGCCCGGCACCCAGCCCGCUGGUGGCAGCCCCCUGCCCGACAACCUGCCCGCCGGCGCCACCUGCGCCGCACGUCGCCACCGCAAUCGCCACCGCCGGCGGUUGUCCGUUAGCGCUGUUGCUGCUGGUGCUGAUGCGGACACUGUCGCUGGCGGCGGCCGCGCAGCGGAGCAGCAGUUGCGGCGGGCGCUGCUGCAGGCGCCGCACAGCUCGGGCACCUCCUUCGCGGCGGCGGCGCUGAACGCCCCCGGCGAGCAGGGCCGCAACGCCGACGGCUCCUGCCCGCUGUUCCCACGCGACAACGCCUGGCGCCUGGACGUGAGCUCGCUGCCGGUGCACCCGCUCAGCGAGCAGAUCAAGCGCCGCGUGGGCAUCGCCUCGGUGCACACGGACUUUGGCGGUCACGACCGCAUCAAUGGCCGCAAUGUGCCGUACGGCAUCCCCAUCACCUACGUCGACUCCCGCAAGACACCACUGGUGCAGGUCGACAUCGGGCCGGACGGGUACGGCGAUGAGUCCGACAUGAAUCCCAACGCCUUCCCCUUCCCGCCCGACACCCCCGUGGAGGGCACCUACCCCGGCUGCAGCGACGACGACUGCGGCGGAGACAGGCACAUCCUGGUGGUUGACAACGCCACGUGUCUGCUGUACGAGGCGUGGAGGGCCAUGCCGCCGGCCAUCACCCCCAGCCGCAGGUGGCAGGUGGACUCCUUGGCCCGUUUCAACCUGUCGCGCAAUGCGCAGCCCAACCGCCGCCUGGGCUGGACCUCCGCGGACGCAGCUGGUCUGGCCAUUCUGCCGGGUCUGGUGCGGUUUGACGAGCUAGUAAACAAGGGCGUGAUCGACCACGCCAUCCGGUUCACAGGCCCCAACAGCCGCCCCGCCUUCUCGCCGCCCGCCUCCCACUUCGCGGCGGCUGGCGACCAGUCAGAUCCGCAGACACUGCCAUGGAUGGGCAUGCGGGUGCGCCUGGCGGCUGACUUCAACUGCGGCGGGCUGGGCAGCGGGCUGGCGCGUGUGUUUUGCGUGGCGCUGCAGCGUUACGGUGGCAUUUUCGCCGACAACGGCAGUCCCUGGUACUUCACAGGCGAGGCGACCAUGUCCUGGGAGAGCCACCUGGACGACCUGUCAGCUGUCGGCGACAUCCCCUCAUCCGCGUUCGAGGUUCUGGACACGGGCUGCCUGUGCCUGGACUCGCUGUGCGUGCAGGCCGACUGCGGCGGCGGCGGCGCGGGCGGCUCCGGCCCCGUGGCUGCCGCCUCGCUGCCAGUGUAUGCAGGCGUCAACGACACCGCGCAGCUGCACUUCGAUGGCAACGUUUACAGCACCGGCGACGCCGCCGCUGCCGGCCGCUACGUGGACCGGCGGCUGCUGCCCGCCGGCGCCCCCAACCCUGGCGGCGGCGCGGAGGGGUACGACGGCGGACUGGCGGGCUGGCGUGCGUUCCUGGCUGCUGGCGGGGCCGGCGGCGCCGGGGCCGAGGCCGGCAGUGUGGAGGUGGCGGACGUCGCGCUGGACCCGGUCAGGGACUGGGCGCCGGCGGCUGGCAGCGCCGCACGUGGCGUGGCCGUCGUGCUGAGCUCGGCUCUGGAGGACUACUACGGCAGACCGCGCGGCGUGGUUGGCGACCGCACGGAUGCGGGCGCGGUGCUGUCGGAUGGGGCUGUGCGGCCAGUGCCCUCGCCUCCGCCCUCGCCCUUGGCUUCGCCCAGCCCGUCACCGUCCCCCAAACCUUCGCCGUCUCCCAAACCAUCACCAUCCCCGUCGCCAUCGCGGUCGCCAUCACCGGCGCCUUCGCCCAAGCCGUCUCCCAGGAGGAAGAAGUCGCCCCCACCCGCGUCCUCCUCUCCGGGCUUGAGCCCGGCACCGUGUCCCUCGCCCGCCAAGGGAGGGAGGAAGAAGAGCCCUUGCCCUAGCGGCCCCGGCUCGGCACCAACACCCGCCCCCAGUCCCAGUCCCAAGAAGAGCCCCAGGCCCAAGGGGCGGUGACGCUCGGCUGGCGCUGUGGGAGACUUUUAUCGGAACGUCGUGAUAUAUUUCAAUGUACAGAGGAGAGAUCACUAGGUCAGGAGGAGUACAGCAAGCAAGGAAGGGCGGACUGGACAGUGCGUGGUCAUUAUGAGAAACGUGACUGGCGAGCGAUGGGUGGUCGGGUAGAUAGCAAGGAGCGAGCGCACCUUUAAGUGGUGGUGGUGGCUUCAUGGGCGGAUUCGUGCAAGGGAAUCAACCGUUCGAUGUUGUUCGCCAGGGGUUUACUACAAUAGUGCAGGAGCAUGUCGCCCCCGUCACUCGCUUUGCGCGCGCCUGGGUUUCUGGACUUAACUUUGGACGCUUGGUCUGAAACAGGCAUGUAGUGCGGUCCUCAAGUA